GUGGUGCUGCUGCUGCAUCACAACUGACCCCCACCAGGGUAGCCUUAGGGCUUCCCAGUUGUAGGGGAAUUCAUCUCCUUGCCUGUGAUAAGGGCUGGACACCAGGAAACUGGAGGUCUCAUGGCUAUGAAUCAAAUACAGGUCUGGGGCACCAGGGCCCCUAUCCUUCUGAGUACACACCACUGCUUUGAAAUCUGCAGAAGACCAGGACACUGGCCCCCAGAGCAUGGCAGAGGGGGAGUGUCCAGUGGAGACAUCUGGGGAGGGCCCAGAGCCUGGGCACACUAUCAGCUGACAUCUAG